AUGGGAUCUAAACAACCUACAGACUCAGGAGUCUGUUGCUCUCUCGAGACCUUUCUUGAAGCCGACUUCGACUAUGUCGUCGUGGGCGGUGGAACCGCCGGCGCAGUCGUUGCAGCCCGCUUGAGCGAGGAUCCCAGUGUCCGUGUGGGAGUCAUUGAAGCAGGCCAGAACCGCCUCGGAGACCCUCUAAUCGAGACUCCAGGAACCCUCGCAUUCCUAUUAAGGAAUCCGGACUACGCCUGGGAUUUCACGACGGUGCCUCAGAAAGCCAACAGCAACAAAUCCCACCAUGUAACCCGCGGCAGAGUGCUGGGAGGAUCAAGCGCCAUUAAUUUCAUGGCUUACUGCUACCCCUCAGCUCGCGACCUGGACGACUUGAAAGAGCUGGGCAUUGCAGGAUGGUCUUGGAACGAGAUGGUUCCAUACUUCCACAAGGUCGACCAUCACGAUCCUCCAACGAACCCAGAACCGCACUUCUAUCCCAGCAUUGAUCCUGAAAUCCACGGCGGAGAGGGCCCGAUUCACGCCUCGUUCGCGACCACGAGGAUCCCUGCCGAAGACGCAGUUCUCGAAGCCCUGAAGGAGACCUCUGGCCUCCCCCUGGCCAAGCAGCCGUACUCGGGCGAACACCAGGGCUGGUACGGAUCUUUGAGUUCCAUUGACCGCAGCACCAACAAGGGCACCCGCAGCUACGCAGCAACAGGCUACAUCGCGCCGAUACUCGAUCGACCCAACCUCAGGAUCCUGACCGGAGCCACUGCAACCAAAGUCAUCCUCGACGACUCCAAAAGAGCCCGUGGUGUGCGUUUCGCAUACGGAGCAGCUCGGGACCAGUUCUAUGAGGUCCAUGCCAAAGCAGAGGUCAUUCUCAGCGCCGGAUCGAUCCAGACUCCACAGCUGUUGGAGCUCUCCGGCAUAGGAGAUGUCUCCGUCCUAAGCGCGGCAGGCAUUCCUACUCUGGUUGAAAACCCACAUGUCGGCGCCAAUGCACAGGAACAAGUCAUGACGAACGUAAUCUACGAACUUCGCGACGGAGACAUCAGCUUGGAUAGCAUUUACCUCGAUCCCGCAUUCCUGGCCGCUCAACAAACCCUGUACGCACAGUCGCGCGAUGGUGUCUUGGCCAACGCUCCAGGCCUGAAUGGCUUCACAUCAUAUGCCUCGCUCGUGGGUGCCAGCACAGUGGAGCAGACUGUCUCCUCGCUCAUUUCUCCUUCGUCCGCCCCGUCUCCAGUUGACGCCCAGCAAGCCGCUAUCCUGGCUUCGCGUCUCUCCUCCCCCACUGCCUCGGCGCUCCAGUUCAUCGUCAUCCCCGCCUACUGUGACACCCUCAAUGCACACGCCGACAUGUCCAAGUUCAUGCCAGGCCCACCCGCGACUGAUCCUCCUGCCAACCCAUGUAUCUCACUUCAAGCGGUCCUGAUGUACCCUGCCUCACGGGGCUCAGUCCACAUCACCUCGGUGGAUCCCUUCGCCCCGCCUGAAAUCGAUUACGGUCUCCUCUCGCACCCGGCUGACGUUGACGUCCUUGCCGCCGGCCUCGCGUUCGCGGAUCGGGUCUUCCGGUCACCACACAUCAAGUCCCGCGUCAAGAGACGCCUUUACCCGGCUGAGGGGCGAGACGUCCAUGAUCCGAGCACAGCGAGGGACAUUGUGCGUGAGGCCGUAACCCUAAUCAACCAUCCGCUCGGUACAUGUGCAUUGGGGAAAGUGGUCGAUGAUAGGUUGAAAGUGAUGGGCGUCGAGGGAUUGAGGGUCAUUGAUGCCAGCGUGUUGCCCAUGGAGCUUAGCGCCUUCACAAUGGCCACGGUAUAUGCCAUUGGGGAGAAAGGGGCGGCUAUGAUUAGGGAGGACCGUGUCUCAGAAUAG